AUGAAGCUGUACCAAGUCACUGCCGUCCUGGCCUUCAUUGCCACUGGUGUCAUCGCAACCCCUGGCGGCUUCGACAAGGACAUCAAAUCCCCUGAGAAGCACGGUGAAGACAACUACCCCGGCAAGAAGGGGGAUGAUGACCACCGUGGUGGCAAGGGACAUGGAGGUCAUGACGACGACGGCGAUGAGGAGUUUGGCCGUAGCGGCAAAGGUCGUGGCGACAAGGGAAAGAAGUACGAAUGGGACAUCGAACGCUGUGACUGGUGUCCCUACAACCCCAAGAUCUGGGUUGGAUACGAGCCCAAGGGCCGUGGCUACAAGCGCUCUUGCCCCGAAGACAAGAGGAAGUGCCAGAAGUACGCCUACGACUACUCCAAGGCCACCUACUCCGGAUACUUCAGCGAGUCCCAGAAGUGCUCCAAGGGCGACAACUACAAGGUCAACGGCAAGGUCGGUGCUUGCAGUGGCUACGGCAAAGCCCAGUGCCUGAUCGUCCAGUACGAGGACUAUGAGAAGUGGUCUGACAAGAUCGCCUACCUCGGGCUCUACUCCUACAAGAAGGAAGGCCCCAAGGACAAGAAGCACCUCAACUUCAACAAGUACUGCAAGAAGGACAAGUGCGUCGUUCCCAUUGAGAAGGUCCCCGGUUACCCCAAGUUCAAGGACAGUGUCUAUGUUGGAAUUGACGACGACCAGUGCCGUGAGGGUUUCAAGAAGGGUGGCAAGGGCAACGACCACGACAACAAGGAGGGCAGUAAGGGCGGCGACUACGACGAUGACGAGGUCGACGAGUACAAGAAGCACGGAAAGAACUACCCUCGUGGCCGAUACGACGAAGUCAAGUACGUCAAGCUCGACAUUGAAGCCAAGUACUCCAAGUGCGCCGAGUUCUGCUGCUGCGCUUAA